GUUUCUGUACCAAGGACAGCGUCGACGACCAUCAUGGGGUUGAUUUUCUUCAACUCAGUACGCAUUUUUCAAGGCUACCUUAAGCGGGAGCAUGCAUUGGGGUCGGUUUACGUUUCCGUUACGGUAAUUGACAUCAGUGAGGGUCGCAGAGCUGACCAGUUCAAACUUUGUUUCCGAGGGAGGGGCUUCGAGUGCCAAGAAAAUUUGGCUUGGGGCCUCGACCAUUGCGCUCGUAAUGGUUGUCCCACGCUGACGAGGGGAUGCUAACCCACACACUCGUUCUCAUGCUUCUUGCCAUUCCACUGGCAGGGUUGAAUUUGUCGCCGCCUUUCAUCCAUCGAGCUCCUCUUGAAAAGACUCUUUGAUUCCUCUGACCUGAGUUGAUUGCUAUCCCUUUACCUAGGUCGGUUCAGAGAGUCUCAAUGAAGUUCACGGUGGUUUUGGAAGUGAUGAUGUGAGUUUGGAGGCGGAUUUUGCGGAGCGCGCUAGAUGACAAAUUGGUUUUCUCGACUGGGUUUGUGGGUUUCACUUGUCGGCGAGGGUUUAUUAUGCCCUUUUCGUAGGGUGGGAUCUCCUUCGAGGUGUUUGUGUAUAUUGUUGUGGGUUUUGAGCUUUCUUGCGUAUCUGCACUUGCUGUUGGUCAGCGGAGAGUGUUGAGCAGCUGUGUUGUUGGAAGACGUUUCCAGUUUUGAGGGGUAGCUGUCACUGCGGCAUUGAAGGCAUUUGCUUCCUUUGUGUUUCGCGUCUAAUCGUCUGUGAGCUGUCGUUAUUAUUUUUAUGGCGCUACCUCGGAGUGGGAAACUUGAAGUCGGUGGACUUUUCUCUAAACAUCGGUCUGGUGGAAGGAGUUACUUACGCCCCUGUCGCGUAUAAUAUGCUACAGUAAGUGGCGGACUCGAACUUCCUUCUAUCUGAAACUCGUGGCAAGUCUAGCUUCUCGUGUUACGUGAGACUCGUCAACCUCAAACUGUUGUCUUCUUUGCCUUCUGGUCGAACCCUCGUCCUGGGACUCUUGAUUUUUCAAUUAUCAAUUGAGCUCUUUCGCUGGUGUUAUUUGUCGACUCGUACCGAAUGAAACAAGCUCAUUGUAAUUCUCCAUGAAUUGGAAAUUGAGAAGCACAUUGCUCCCAUGCGCACGCGGGCGCUCAGAGGAAGUUUGAGUUCAGUCAGUGAAUCAAACCUUGUACAUAGAUAAAUGAGCUCAGCAUUUAUUUCCUUGAUGUACCUUUGAGGAUGAGACACAAGUAAAGAAGGGUCAUCAAACUGGUGUACAUGUUCGUGCGGGUGGGAAUCGCGGUGACGUGCUCUGUUGCAGCAUUCACACUCAACCAUUUGAAAAACAAUAAGCGCGAGGAUAAAGACGAGCCUUCAGAAGUUGAAUACCCCAACCAGGAUGAGCUGCACAGCGAGGAGUUUGAUCACAACGAUGACAUUCCUGACGUAGUGUCGAAAACUCCGGAGGAAGAAAUCAAAAGGGUUUAUUUGUCUUCCUCCCCUCGAAAAUCAAGUGCCGAAAAUGUUGGAGGAGAAGAAGCUGGAGGGUAUCUCCUUCCCGAACUGGAAUCCUUCUUCACUGGAGGGCUCCGAUCCCCCGAUAACUUUCCCGAGCGGGACUCGUCCGGUCCCGACACCGGCUUAUCUCCGAACUUACAAUUUAACGGAAAAAGAAAAUGUAAACUUCGAGUGCAUGAUCGAGAAUGUUCUAAGGUGCUUCAACGGGGCAAUGGGCAGACACACUCCGAACCACCAUAUUCCGGGCACCCGUGUAGCGUACCAUUGUUGGAGACGUAUGAAGAAGCGGAAGGAAGUUUGGAUACCGACUGCACGAGCCCACAAUCUGGACCUCUGGAUGACCAAACGGUAUUUUGCAAGGGAGAGGGAACACCCGGUUUGAAAGUGAAAGAGUGCCUACCCGGGAGGAAGUUAGAUUACCUUGAAGUAGAUGCGAAUCCUGUUGAUCAUGACGUAUCAGAGUCCUGUGUCGAGUCGAAAAGGUCUUUAGGUGAAAACUUUGAAGGAAGCGAUGAGGCAUGCAAUGAAACAAUUAUUGAGAUGUUGAGAAUCACUGUUGCUGAAUUGAAAGAAAGAGAGAUUAGACUGGAAGGUGAGUUAUUAGAGUAUUACGGGCUCCAGGAAAGGGAGAUUGAAUGCUUUGAAAAGAAGCGAAUACUUGAGGAGCAGGCCAAGACUAUUGAAACUCUAAAACUACAUAUUGAAAACCUGGAAGUUCACUCGAAUGGAUUGUCCUCUAUGAUUAUUCAAGACAACAUUGUGCAGAAAGAAUUGGCAGUUGCACGCGUCAAAGUCAGAGAGCUCCAAAAUCAAUUGCAGGAGGCGUCUAGACAGUCUAAGGAGGAGAUUAUGAUCUUGAAGCAACAACUAUCAAUAAUGGAAUCUAGAGAAAAUGAAGGAAGUAGAAGGGAAAUUGAGCUUGAGAAGAAGUUGGAAUCUUUGCGGGAACUGGAGGUUGAGGUAGUUGAGUUACGCCGUACUAGCAAGGAUAUUCAGCACCAAAGACGGGACCUUAUCAUAAAACUCUCGGCUGCUGAGUCUCAAAUUUCACGCUUAUCAAACUCUGAUGAGAAUGCACUGGUUACUCAAGCGGAGGAGAAGGCAGAUGCUCUAAGGAAAGCUAAUGAGGACCUUUGCCGUCAGGUCGAGAAACUACUGAACAGCAGAUUUUGUGAAGUGGAGGAGCUUGUGUACUUGAGAUGGGUAAAUGCUUGCUUGAGGUACGAGCUUCGUAACCUCCAGGCUCCGUCAAAGAAACACACGGCUCUCGACCUCAACAAAAACCUGAGCCCGAAGUCACAGUCUAUGGCCAAACAGUUGAUGCUAGAACAUGCUGGCCACAAAUCUCAAUUAGAAAGUGGUUAUGAGAGUACUUCUUCAGAGUCCUCGGUACCACAUGAGCCUGAUGGAGUUGGAGACUUGAGCGAUCAAUCUUCAGAGUUGAGACUUGGGCGAGUUUCGAAAAAGCCUAGCCUAAUCCGCAGGUUAAAGAAAUGGACUGGACGGAAAGAGGACAAAAAGAACGACGGUGGGCCUCGAGACUCCUCAAGUCGCGGCUCAUCUGUGGACAGAGAUCGGAGAAGUCCGGCCUUUGAUUCCCAAAGCGAGACUGAGUCGAAUGGACUGUUGGAGACUGUAAUUGUUAGAAACAGUGAAGGCGCAUCGGAAAUCUCAGAUUACGGUUCGAGAGACGUUGGAAAUGACAAAGCACAGACUGAAACUUCAAGAGAGGAAGUGUUGAUAAACACUGAUACGGAUGCUGCAAGGUUGAAGUUGUGCCUUCCUCCAAUCCAUACCAAGCUUGCAGACAAAGAGCUCAGUGGGGUGGCCGCUUCAUUUCAGCUCAUGUCAAAAUCAGCCAUUGGUUCCGAACUUGAUGAGAAGUACCCAGCUUUCAAGGACAGGCAUAGAGCAGCUUUGGAGAGGGAGAAGUGUAUAAAAGAGAAAGCUUUUUUGGAAAGGGAGAAACACAAUAAGGCAAAGGCUGCUAACGAGAGGGAGAAACUCAGCACAGAAAAAAUUGCCAUUGAGAAAGAGAUGUUUCUCAAGGAACAAUCGGAGCCCAAGUCUGAACAGAGAGUAACAGUAACCAAAUAUACUAGCGGGAAUCCGAUACUAACCCACUCAUCAUUUUUGAGGAUGUGCGAUGCUGAAUCCAGACCUGAGGUAGGCAUUGUUGCUAAGCGUAACGUUGAAGUCGCUAAAAUGUGUCCUACCGAGGUAGAAAAGAGGCCUUUGAGAAUAGCCAAACCCCCCCCGAAGCGAUCAUUGUUAUCAUCUAUCAAUGUUUCAACGCCACCUCUAGGUCGUAAAGUUGCAGGACCACUUGGCCCGCCUCCUCCUCCGCCACCUCCACCGCCUCUAACACCUGGUGCACUUUGUCCACCGCCUCCACCACCAACACCUGGAAGCCUCAUUAAAGGAAGUGGUGCAGAGAAGAUGCAGAGAGCGCCCGGAGUAGUUGAAUUUUAUCAAUCCUUGAUGAAACGUGAUGCGAAGCAGUCACUAAGUUCACCUGGUGGAACGGUCAGCAAUAGUGAAGCUCGCAACAAUAUUAUUGGAGAAAUUGAGAACCGGUCUACCCAUUUACUAGCCAUCAAAGCGGAUGUUGAGACACAAGGAGAAUUUGUGGAGUCUCUGGCAGCUGAAGUUCGUGCAGCCUCUUUCAGUAAUAUUGAAGAAGUCGUGGAGUUUGUUGUCUGGCUUGACGAAGAGCUGUCCUUUCUGGUUGACGAGCGAGCUGUAUUGAAGUAUUUUGAUUGGCCAGAAGGCAAAGUGGAUGCACUCCGGGAGGCCUCCUUUGAGUAUAGGGAUCUUAAAAAGCUCCAAUCUGAAGUAUCUGCAUUUGAAGACAAACCAGGAUUGCCUUGUGAUGCGGCUCUACUUGAGAUUUUGAAGUGCCUAGAGAAAAUGGAGAAAAGCGUUUAUGAAUUGCUUCGUACAAGAGACACGGCUAUAGCUCGCUAUAAAGAUUUUAGCGUACCCACUCAGUGGAUGCUUGAUAAAGGGCUCGUUGGAAAGAUGAAGGAAGUGUCUGUAAGACUAGCUCAGCUGUACAUGAAAAGAGUCUCGGGUGAGCUGGAUAAACUUGCGGGGGGGUCUGAUAAGGAGCCUUUGCGUGAGUUUCUCCUGGUGCAGGGGGUUCGUUUUGCCUUCCGUGUGCAUCAGUUUGCUGGAGGAUUAAAUUCUGAGAGCAUGGCAGCAUUUGAAGCAUUGAGACAACGCGCCUCCCAGCAAGAGUCUCCGGAAUCUUGUCUUCAGACUUCUUUUACACCCCCUCCAAGUAGCUUAGGUCGUAUUUAGACCUCAAACAAGACGAUAAAACUUUGCCAACUGGUGUUACUGUAACUCGGUUACUACUUCUAACUGAGUGGACACAGUCUCGUUUGAGCCAGAGCAAGAGGACCUUCGGGAUCUUGACUUGUAGAUCUCCCCUGUACUAUAUCAAGACAGCACACUUAACUAUUUGAAUUUCUCUUAAUGUAA